CCUUUUCGGGUUUUUCGAUUUUUGUAUGAAAGUGGCCUGUCUGCAUUGUUGGAAUCAGGACGAGGGGACAAGCUUUCGUCUACCCUAAAGCAUUACAUACAAAAUCUUCUUAAGGCAAAUAUGGAGGGGCUUUAUGGAUCUGAGUGGCUGGUGGAGGAGAAGGUGAAGCGCAGGGAGAUGGUUGCACCUGAAGCACGUUAUAUAUUUGUACGCGAGGCUUCAAAUGCAAGUGCUAGUGACAUGUUAACAAUGUCGGAGCAGGAAAGGACCUCAGCUAGUUGUGAGGAGAGGGGGCCCAUGGUUGGGUUUGUACAUUUUCGAUUUGUCAUAGAGGAAGAAUUGCCUGUUCUUUAUGUGUAUGAAUUGCAACUUGAGCCUCGCGUACAAGGGAAAGGUCUGGGGAAGUUCCUAAUGCAACUAAUUGAGCUAAUUGCUCGCAAGAACCACAUGGGCGCUGUCGUUCUAACUGUCCAAAAGUCAAACUCGGUAGCCAUGAAUUUAUAUUUAAGUAAGAUGAGAUACAUCAUAUCAACUAUAUCACCAUCACAAGUUGAUCCAUUGAUAGGGAUUGAGAAGAGUUAUGAAAUUCUUUGCAAAGCGUUCAGUAAUGAGGCUAAAGCUAUCUUGGAGGAACCACUUGAGAAGGUUCAUCUGGCUUAACAUGAUGUUAAACUCAGCGCUCCACCAAGGGGCAGAAUCCGGCUAUUGAGGUACCAGAUUAUAGAGUUCCAGCAGAAUGCAUGAACUAUAACAACUUAGUUGCUGCAAUAUGUUCAGUAUUAUUACUCUUGAACUCACAGAAUCACUAGCAUGCUUUUCCCCCUGCCGUACAAAACCACCGCCAAUCGCACAACGUAGAAAGAAACUAUUGCGUUUGGUUCUUCUGAUCACAGCAUAGUAAUUGCAAUUCUUACUCGACAAUUGAGGGUAUUUUCCAUUAGCUAAGUUUGCUGCAUGGCGGUUGUGAUAACUGUCAGAAUACAAAGGAGUUCUUGUUCAUCAUAUGUGUUCUUGAGAGAGAAAGAGAGAUUCGAGAGAAUAGCAAUCUUAGAGAGAGAAAUGAAUUGUAUCUUGUAUGUAUUGAAUGAAUGAAUUGUGUUACAAUAGCUAUACAUAUA